AUGAGUCCUCUCUUCAUUCUAUUGGUGGCGGAUGACAAAGACAAUCAACGUUGGCACAAGUCCUCUCUUCAUUUUAUUGGUGGUGGAGCCGAUGCGGAUGACAAGACUAUCAACGUUGGCACAAGUCCUCUCUUCAUUGUAUUGGUGGUGGAACCGAUGUGGAUGACAAGACUAUCAAUUUGGCAUGGGCACUUCCUUUUGAGCCUAUUCAUGAAUCAAUCCAUUCUUGGGUGCAAUUCGCAUGAGCACAAUUUGGCGGCAAUUGGUCUUACCAAGGAAUAUCACGCAAAGCAAUCACACGAAUGCAAUGAGAGGCACAACUUUGGAAGAGGCAUUGUCAUUGGAGGGGCUCUAUACUGGAAACAAUCAUCACAAGCAUCGAGCAAUUAUCACAGCUAUCAAGCUACAUCUGAUAUGGGCCGCCGCCACCAUGUCAAGAACACAAUCCUAUCAUACAACAAAACCAAAAGCAAAAUGCAGUAUCACAAAAAAAGCACGUCAGCAAAAAUAUAUCAAAAAAAGGCAGCAGCCACAUCAUACGAACAACAACGAUCCUCGAUCUUCCUGCGACAAAGCAAGUUCAAUCAUGCAAAGAAAGGCUCUCUCAAUGGAGCAGACCACAAUAUCAUUGUCAUGUAA